CCUUUACAUAGGAUUAUAUAUAAUGUCAUGGCCAAUUGAACGCUUUUUUUUUAAUUUGCGGUAGUAUAAUGCAUAGAAUGCCAUGUCCAUUCUUGUGUUUGCGUUGAUUUAAGGGUAUUUACAUUCUUAUGUUGAUUCAUGUAUACAAUUACUUAUCCGGGAGAUUUUUGAAAAGAAAUGUAAAUAAACGGACGCGGGGAUUUUCUAUAAUUUUUAGGUAAAUUAGUUCGGUUUGUUCCGAUGAACUACCGGUCAUUUGUAUAGGAAUGGCGUCCACAUUUAGGACGAGAUGGAAUUUACAUGUUCUUUUGAUAAUUAUGACAGCUGUAAUCGUCUCGUAUACAUUGGUUCGAAUGGGAAUUAUAGAGUUACCAGACGCUCAAGCAAAUCAAUGUCCAGAGUCUGCCCUCCUAUCCUCUAACAAGAACGAAAACCAGAUGAAAAUAGUCAACUACCCUCUAGUGGACUCGAAGCGGUACCUCAAUAGACUGGGUCUUCAAACAAUCGGUGAUCUAAAAGAAGUGGAUGAACCUGUUGUUGUCACGGCAACGUCAGCCAAUCACAUAUCCCUAGCCACAGGACUGAUCAACAGACUGUCUUCUAACAUAACUCCAAAACUGAAGAUUGUUGUGUACGAUGUGGGCAUGACAGACGAUCAAAGGAAAACGAUAUGCGCCGAAGGAAAAUGUGAAGUGAAACAAUUCCCUUUCGACGAAUACCCCGACUUCCUAGAAAAUUAUCUCCCAUCACACGCAUGGAAACCGGUUGUCAUCCAGAUGGCCUUACAAGAGUUCGGUUUUGUCAUUUGGAUGGACUCGGCUGUAUACAUACCCGACGGUAAUCUACAGGGAGGUAUCGAUAUAGCGAAGAAGGAAGGUAUCGCAGCCGGACAUAGGAAACUUGCAAACCCCGAAAUCAACUUAGCAUACGAAACAGACAGCCAGACAUUCAAAGCGCUUGGUGAAGAGGCUUGUGCAUUCAAGAAGAGCUUUAGAUUUAACGCUGCUCUGAUUUUCAUAAAGAGGAACGCAUUUACGUAUAACUACAUCAUGCGACCUUGGGUAUCGUGUGCAUUGACUAAGACUUGUAUUGCUGCAGAUACCAAAUUUUAUUCAAAUUGUGCAUCUGCGAACAAAUACGGGUUUUGUCACAGAUUUGAUCAGUCGGUGCUAAGUAUAAUACUAAACAGAUUAUAUCAUUUAAAUAUUGAUAAAAUAGACCUUAAGGACAGGGUGAGAUGGACAAAAUGUUACAUUAAAGAAGAACUUGCCAAGUUUAACGAGAUGGCGUACAUAAAGAAUGAGCAAGAUGGAAUUCAGUGUCCUGAGUCGGAAGCUGUGAAACAGUGAUCAGUCUAGCAAACAAUGUUCUUCCUAUUCAAACGCAAGGUCAUAUCUACCUUACAGAGAUCUGGUAGUUGGUAGAAGUCUUGACGAAAGGUUGAAUAAGCAAGACAUAUACAAUGUACUCGGGAUUUUCCGUAUAUACGUAUGAGCAGUAAUGGAAAGGAGAAAUAACUUGCCUUGAAUGUUUCCCGGCUUCUUACAUUGUGUUGCUGCUAUAUAUCCUGAUUAGUCAUGCUUAGGUAGUUGUGCCAAUUUAAUCUGAAAGUGUUCUUAUAUAUUGUCAAUUGUGUCUAAAAACAUAUGAGCAAAAGUGACGUGUCCAUAAAUCUGGUUCGCCUGGUACAUUUAGUUAGUAUUUUGUCUCCUGUAAGGUUUUAACUAGAUAGAGAAUUUAUUUUACGAUGGUAGACAGACUGUAGAAAGUUAGCAAUUCAUAUGCUAUUAUUAGACUGGUAGUGGAAAAGCUGUGAUUGAUUGAUCGGAAUGUUGGCCUACAUCCUUUUUGUUCUCCUUAUUUAUAUUUAGAGGUAUUUUUUAUUAGUUAUGUAUAUAUGUAUUUGUCGAUGUCUCCGUCCUUGGUCAAACUAUGUGAAUGUUUGGUAUAUAUGUGCUUGCGUCGAGUCAUUCGUUCUUUUAAAUAAUGGAUAAAUGUAAAAACAACCGUUUUUAUUUAUACCGGAACAUUUAUUUACAUGAAAUUUACUUAAAAUAAAUAUAAAAGUCAUA